UUCGUGGUGUGAGCACUUGACUCUUGCUCCCAGUCCUCUCAGUCUCUCCCUCGUCCUCCGGAGAAAUGGCCGCGACAGUGAAACUCAACACCGGGGCACAUAUGCCCACAGUCGGGCUCGGCACAUGGAAGUCUGCCCCUGGUCAGGUGACAGAAGCAGUGAAAGCAGCCAUCAAGGCAGGAUACAGGCUCAUCGAUGGAGCGUUCAUCUACCACAACGAGGCAGAGGUGGGAGAAGGUGUUCAGGCCACGAUCAAGGAUGCCGUGGUGAAGAGAGAGGAUCUUUUCAUCGUUAGCAAACUGUGGUGCACCUUCCAUGAGAAGUCGGCGGUGAGGCCGGCUUGUGAGAAGACCCUCAGUGAUCUCCGACUGGAGUACGUCGACCUCUACCUCGUGCACUGGCCCAUGGGUCUCAAGCCCGGCGAUGACGAAUUUCCUCUGGACAGCGCAGGACAGCUGAUCAGUGGUAAUACAGACCUACUGAAGACUUGGGAGGGGAUGGAGGAGCUGGUUGACGCUGGUUUGGUGAAGGCCAUCGGUGUCUCCAACUUCAACAAGGAGCAGAUCGAAGCCAUUCUCAACAAGCCCGGCCUCAAAUACAAGCCGGCCAACAACCAGGUGGAGUGCCACCCCUACCUGACCCAGGAGAAGCUGAUCAACUACUGCCACUCUCAGGGCAUCGCAGUGACGGCCUACAGCCCGCUGGGCUCCCCUGCCAGAGAUUGGGCUUCAGCAGAUGACCCACCACUUCUGGAGAGUCCCAUCCUGAAGGCCAUUGCAGAGAAGUACAAGAAAAGCACAGCUCAGGUCCUGAUCCGCUUCCACGUCCAGAGGAACGUGAUCGCGAUCCCCAAGUCCGUCACGCCUCACCGCAUUCAGGAGAAUUUCAAAGUGUUCGACUUUGAACUGAGUGCGGAGGAAAUGAAAACUAUAUCUGGAUUCAACAGGAACUGGAGGGCCUGUCCCAUGGAGUGGGGCUCGAGCCACAAGGACUUUCCCUUCAAAGCUGAUUUCUGAAAAGAAACACGCUGGUUUUUCUAAAGGGUUGCAGUGAAAGCCUGGGUUUGCUUUCUUCUACCUCCCUGGACCUUUAGGCCACUUACACUGUCAUUGCGGUCUUGUAUUAGAUUUUUAUUUUCAUGUUACAGGAAAUGCAAGGUAUUUUCAGGUGCAAUAAUACC